GGAAAAAGUCGGGAGCAGAGUCAAUUUAACGGGGUCCAACUCUUCUUAGAAUCAUCGAACUCAAAUUCCGGCCACCGGAGUAACUCAUCGACGACGGAAACGGAGAUGACUCAAGCUUACGGAGAGGCAUGGUAUUGGGACAAACGAUAUGCAAAGGAAUCAACAGCUACUUUCGAUUGGUAUCAGAAGUAUGAAUCUUUGGCACCUCUCCUACAUCUCUACGUCCCUCCCACGACUACUCACCGGCGAGUCCUUAUCGUCGGUUGCGGGAAUUCUGUAUUUAGUGAAGGCAUGAGCAAGGAUGGUUAUACUGAUAUUGUGAAUAUUGAUGUAUCAUCCGUGGUUAUUGACGCAAUGCAGAAGAAAUACUCCGGUUCCCCCCAUCUGAAAUAUAUCCAUAUGGAUGUUAGGGAUAUGAAAGCUUUUGAAUCCGGUUCUUUUGAUGCAGUUAUUGACAAAGGAACCUUGGACUCUCUGUUGUGUGGUCACAACUCAAAAACAAAUGCUGCCAAGAUGCUGGAGGAGGUUGAAAGGGUCCUGAAGAAGGAAGGAGUCUAUAUUCUGAUAACGUAUGGUAUCCCAGCUUACCGACUACGUUUGUUAAGAGAAUCGCACUCAUGGGCCAUAAAGCUUCAUGUGAUAGAUAAGCUUCUACCAGGAGAGAGUUCAAAGCGUGGGACAUGGGAGCUAACUUGUCCGGUUCCAGUUAAUAGUGAUGGAAGCUUGAGGGAAGGUGGUCCUCUCGAAAACAUGGAUGUUCAUUACAUCUAUGUUUGUACUAAGGUGUGAAAAAGACAAGAGACUUGAAGUGUUUGUUGGGCAGAAAGAGAAAGAGAAAGAGAAAGAGAAAUCUUGUAAACCUUUUUGUUUGUAAUGAAGUUUGGUUAAUCAAUAAUCACCAGAUUCAAAUAUUUAUAU